ACAUACAUCCAUCUUCGUUGCAGCUUCUCCUCUUUGUUCCAACGAUUUAAUCAAAAGUGAAAAGUCAUCAUCAUGUUGGAGAAAGAGUUUUUCACAGAGUAUGGUGAAGCAAGCCAAUACCAGAUCCAAGAAGUUGUCGGAAAAGGAAGCUAUGGAGUUGUUGCUUCCGCUGAAUGUCCACACACUGGUGGCAAAGUAGCCAUCAAGAAGAUGACCAAUGUCUUUGAACACGUCUCUGACGCGAUUCGGAUACUCAGGGAGAUCAAGCUUCUGAGGCUUCUGAAACAUCCGGACAUCGUGGAGAUCAAGCAUAUAAUGCUGCCUCCUUGUCGGAAGGAGUUCAAAGAUAUAUACGUGGUUUUUGAGUUGAUGGAGUCAGAUCUUCACCAUGUCUUAAAGGUAAAUGAUGACCUCACUCCUCAGCAUCAUCAAUUCUUCUUGUACCAACUUCUUCGUGGCUUAAAGUUUAUGCACUCAGCGCAUGUUUUCCAUAGAGAUCUGAAGCCUAAGAACAUCCUGGCGAAUGCUGAUUGCAAGAUCAAGAUCUGUGAUUUGGGACUUGCUCGUGUCUCCUUCACUGAUUCCCCUUCUGCUGUGUUCUGGACCGACUACGUUGCUACAAGAUGGUAUCGUGCUCCAGAGCUCUGUGGUUCCUUCUAUUCCAAUUACACACCGGCGAUUGACAUGUGGAGCGUUGGCUGCAUAUUUGCAGAGAUGCUAACCGGAAAGCCAUUGUUUCCUGGAAAAAACGUUGUGCACCAGCUUGAACUUGUCACGGAUCUGCUUGGAACUCCGUCCCCAGUGACUCUCUCCAGGAUUCGGAAUGAGAAGGCUAGAAAGUAUUUGAGUAACAUGAGGCGAAAGGAUCCUGUUCCUUUCACUCUUAAGUUCCCCAAUAUCGAUCCUGUCGCGCUGAAGUUGCUUCAGCGUUUAGUUGCUUUUGAUCCAAAGGACCGUCCCUCUGCUGAAGAGGCAUUGGCUGAUCCGUAUUUUCAAGGAUUGGCAAAUGUAGACUAUGAACCCUCGAGACAACCUAUCUCGAAGCUUGAGUUCGAGUUUGAAAGGAGGAAGUUGACUCGGGAUGAUGUGAGAGAGCUCAUGUAUAGAGAGAUUUUGGAGUACCAUCCACAGAUGUUGCAAGAGUAUGUACAAGGAGAAGAGAACAUCAACUCUCAUUUUCUUUACCCAAGCGGAGUUGAACAGUUCAAACAAGAGUUUGCCAGACUUGAAGAUCACAAGGAAGAUGAAGAGGAACGUAACUCCCCACCUGUCCAGAGAAAGUACACUUCACUCCCCAGAGAACGGGUGUGUUCAUCAGAGGACGAGGGUGCUGAUUUGGUUCAUGCCCAACCGUCUUCGUCCUCUGUGGUGUUUACACCUCCACAGACUCCAAACAAGGAGACUGGGUUAUCAUCAUCAUCAACAACAACACAGAAGACAACACAAGUAGGCAAUGCAGCAGCGAAACGGUCUGCUUGUCUAGUGAGGAGUGAUAGUAUCUGUGCUUCCAGGUGUAUCGGUGUUUCCUCUGCAGUUUCUUAGUCAAACAAACAAAAAAUGAUUUCAAGUUGUUUAGCAGCAAACCAUUGAUUGUUGUGCGUUACUGUAUGAGUUUUCACUUAACUGUUACCCCUCUUUCUCUCUCUUCUUCAUUGUCGUUGCUCUGGUGUCAUGUUGUGUUGUGUAAUGGUUUCUCUUGGAACUUGAAAUCAUAUAUUUCACCCCUUUAGAACUA